AACCACCACAAUCAAUGAUGUUACAGCCAUCACAAUCUGGGAUGUUACAGCCAUCACAAUCUGGGAUGUUGCAGCUUGUUACUGUCCACCCCACACUAGCCUCCACCGGACCCUCCAGCUCAAUGACCCCCGGGUUCCCCACCCCCAUCGUACAAUGCGGGAACUUCGUCUGCUUCAACGGCGGGGUCUGCAUCAACGAGACGCUGGGCAGCUUCUGCCUGUGCCCCCGGGGAAACAUGGGCCAGUUCUGUGAGGUCAUCGACACGGUCACCGGGUCAACUACCUUCUCCAUUUCCAUGCAGACGACGACAGCCAACAGGAUGACAGGCCAGGUCUCGCCAAUGUCAAGGUAUGACAUCUACAUGACAUAUGACAUGAAUGACAAGUCCGGAGAUAACAUGAUACAUCCAACGUCAACGGCGAUGACCACAGGGACAAGCUCUGGAACAUUCGAUAAUUUGAAUCCUUUAUUCUCCUGGCACCAGGGCAGCUCGCUGCAUGCAAGUGGUUACAGUUCGAUGUACAACAUGAAUAGUAUGGGAGCCGGUAUGUCAGUAAAUCCAACGGCUUCAAUGUACAACAUGAAUAGUAUGGGAGCCGAAGUACUACCUGGUAUGUCCAUAAAUCCAACGGCUUCAAUGUACAACAUGAAUAGUAUGGGAGCCGGUAUGUCCAUAAAUCCAACGGAUUCAAUGUACAACAUGAAUAGUAUGGGAGCCGGAGUACCACCAGCUAUGUCCAUAAAUCCAACGGCUUCAAUGUACAACAUGAAUAGUAUGGGAGCCGGUAUGUCCAUAAAUCCAACGGCUUCAAUGUACAACAUGAAUAGCAUGGGAGCCGGUAUGCCCAUAAAUCCAACGGCUUCAAUGUACAACAUGAAUAGUAUGGGAGCCGGUAUGUCUGUAAAUCCAACGGCUUCGAUGUACAACAUGAAUAGUGUGGGAGCCGGUAUAAAUCCAACGGCUUCAAUGUACAACAUGAAUAGUAUGGGAGCCGGUAUGUCUGUAAAUCCAACGGCUUCAAUGUACAACAUGAAUAGUAUGGGAGCCGGUAUGUCUGUAAAUCCAACGGCUUCAAUGUACAACAUGAAUAGUAUGGGAGCCGGUAUGUCUGUAAAUCCAACGGCUUCAAUGUACAACAUGAAUAGUAUGGGAGCCGGUAUGUCUGUAAAUCCAACGGCUUCAAUGUACAACAUGAAUAGCAUGGGAGCCGGUAUGCCCAUAAAUCCAACGGCUUCAAUGUACAACAUGAAUAGUAUGGGAGCCGGUAUAAAUCCAACGGCUUCAAUGUACAACAUGAAUAGCAUGGGAGCCGGUAUGUCCUUACAAGCAUCGGAUCACGUGACUAGUAUGACAGCUGUAGUGAACCCAACCAUGCUGCUGCCGUCAUCAACAAUGACCACGCCUUCAUCUAUCUUGGCCACGCCCUCGUCCACAUUAACCACGCCCUCGUCAUCUUUGGCCACGCCCCUAUCUUCCCUAGCACCAAUUCCUGGGUCGACCACAGCCUCCCCAAGGCCCACACUCCUGACAACAACCGUACCCAAAUCACAGCUGCCCAUAACAGGCGAACUCUACUUCACCAGCCCCAUCGCGGAUCGCGAGCAGCUGUCACGGAUGAUUGAAAACAGCUUCAGCAGCCAAUCAGAGCCAGGUGGAGCCUGCUGUUUCAAGUUUACCUGGGACGAGGAAGACAAAUAUUUUGGCGUCAACUGGCAACAACUAGUGAGGGUUGAGUACUCUUUUGUAGCAGGUCAGUCUGACCCAACGACAACCCGCAACAGGUUGGUAACGAAGCUCGACCAGGACAUGACAACCACGCUAGCGUUCGGCGCCAACCGUGUCUACAAAGGUCGACCUUACGGACCGGAAGUUGUGUUUGACCUUGACAUUAUGAGUGUCGUGGAGACCGAGUCGUUUGGGGUGAUAGGUCAAGUCAUUGACGACGUUUGGCUAAAUAGGAACACAGGGUGUGGCUGCACCUACGCCAGCAAAGUUCUGCUAGGGAAGCGGUUCACUGGGAGAUAUGGAACCCACGUGACGCGAAUCUAUUACGUCAUGUACAAGUCCCAAGUCCUGCAGAUGGUCAUCUCUCCAGAUGUCCCCUCGCGGUCCCUCUUCAUGACGUCAUUCAGUGACCGACGUGACGUCUACGGCCUGUAUCCCUACGCUGACGUCAUGCCGUUUUCCCUUCACUACGAAGUGUCAAUCAACAGCGUCAUAACUCUGACGUCAAAACAAGGCAUCGAGGCUAAGAAGACAAUCUUAAGUUUGUGGCAGCAGUAUUUUAACAAUAACCAGUGCCAGAGUACCAGUUCCUGUAAUGUCGUCAACAGAUACGUCAGACCAGAGCUACAUUACACCGACAAAUUCCAAGAGUUGACAAGCGUGGCCUACUACACCACAUUAAAUGGUGCCCUGGUCAACCCAGCAACCGUACGUGGGCCGUCUCAAGCAGAUCUGGGCGGGGCCUUCAGUCCAUGCGGGUGUCGGCACAGCCCCGCCCACUCCUUUUAUGUGUAUGGACUGGUCCCUUACUACACGCUGAAGACAAUGAUCCAUGAUAUGAUUGGACAAGGAGACGACGGAGCAAAGAUCCUCCUGAGAGAAUACUACUAUAACCUCUACGGAUCGAUCCUAACCAAAGUCUACUUCCGACCCUCACAAUACGACGCCUUCGUCCCCCCGAAAACAAACAACAACUUCAAAAAUGUCUUCGCCGUUCGCGACCUGAAGACAUUGGAGGACGGCAUGCCGGUGAGACAACAGUUUUCAUUGGUGCUCCGUGGCGCGAUAUCCAAUCAGACUGCUUCUCUUAUACAGGAGGGGCUCAAGCAGGCGUGGUCACAGAAUAACCCAGACAUUGACCCUGACGUCAUGGGUAUUUCCAUAUUCAAGAUGGACUCUGAGAACUACGUCAGCCAAUCUGGUGACGUGGUGACCCUUGUCCAGUACGUGGUCAGCGUUGACCGAGCAGACGCCAGCAUCACGUCAGCAGAAGAGCCGCCCAUCGACCGGCUCCUGCUGGCGCUGGGCCAGAGAAACCUGGCCGUCUGCAGCUGUCAGGUGACCAGCAAGUACGUCAUCAGUUCCGUGGGGAACCUGGACCCGUCCAACACCACCCAGUUGACCUCAGUGGCCAGAGCUCUAGAGGAGGCCUGGAGGAAGGCUAACAAAGAUUUCAAUGGCACCAUCCACGUGACUGUCCUGUCUGUGAAUGACAGCAGACGAGAGUCUCCAGCACGGACAGGAAACAUUUCGUACAGCGUAACUCUUGAUGGUGUCGAUACAGGAGUUACAGCCCUUGAUUUGACCCGCCCUAAAGGCGACACACUACGAACACAGAAUGACGUCUCAGAGGUUUUGUUACUCCCAGAAGACAGCCAGCACAAAGGGGACGAUGAUGAGUUUCCGUGGUACAUUCCCGUAGGGGUCAUACUUGCACUCCUUCUUAUCACUGUCAUAAUCUUCGUCUUCAUCUGCAUCUUUAGGGACAGAAGAAAAGACUCAAAAGAAAUCGAUAACAAUCCUGACGAUUUCACGGAAGACAACUACGACAAAGAACAUUUUACUAUGGAACCCGUUGCCUUUGACAACGAAGUUUUCAAAAAUUUAGAGUAUGCCUCGCCGUCUUACGUAGUCAACAAAGAUAGCGAAUCGGAAGCAGGCCCAUUUUAAGAUCACAUUCAAUUUAUAACUAAUUUUAUCCA